AUGUCCUUCGACGGCUACCUCUACCUCAUAGACGGCGCCACCGGCUGCGCCCACACCGUGGACAUCGGGGAGGCGUCCUAUGCGGCCGUGCUGGUGGACGACCUGGGGGGUGACGGCAUGCUGGACCUGGUGGUGGCCACCAUGAAUGGAAAUAUCUACGCCCUGGGGACGGCGGCGUUGUACCAUCCCCUCAAGACAUGGACGUCGCAGGUCCAGGCCACCAACGGGCUGGUGGCGCGCUCCAACUACUUUGGGGCAUUCGCUACCCUCCAGAGCCGCGUGGCGCGCGACGUGGCCGGCCAGUCACUCAGGGUCGCCGUCGAGAUCCUCGACCGCCGCGCCGCCCUCGCUCCCGACGGCCGUGUCGCCAACGCCUCCCGCGGCGGCCCCUACAACCUGACCGUCGUGCUGCGCGGCGUUGGCGUCGCCGACAUGAACGCGGGCGACGCACCUAUUAUCGGCGUCGCGGACGCGUUCGCCGCCCCCGGCGUCCACAUCCUGGAGCUGCCCUGCCCAAAGUCCCGGACCACCGCGACAGUCCGGGUCGACCUGGUGGACGCCAACGGACUGCACUUCCAGGACGAGUUCGCGCUGUCCUUCCACGUGCACUUCCACAAGCUGCUGAAGUACCUGGUGGCCCUGCCGCUGCUGGCUAUGGCGCUGGUCGCGCUCGCGGUGGCGGCGCCGCUCGCGGCGGACUACGAGGGCGCCGGCUACGUCAGCCUCGGGGCGGCGCGCGCCUAG